CAAAUGUAUCAUGGCGAUGUAUAAAUCUAUGAAGCCAAUAAAAACACCAUUCAAUUCAAUGCAGUGUACAAGCAUAACGGAGGUGCUCUCUUUUUCUCCUCUCUCUUUCCUCGUCUCUCGCGCGCCAAAAAUUCUCGAUUUACACGCCUCGCGCUGCUCACGCUGAUAGAAUAUCGUGCAAGUGUAGCGGGUCCGUCAGUCGUUGUUUCCAUGCGCGAAACAUCGUCCGCAUAUCCGCAGCGUCAGACGCCACUUUUUCAUUACGGGAGUGUCAUUAUAAUUAACGUUAACGUCCUAGACGGAAAAGCGGUCAAAAACCGCUGACCAGAAUAGUACAAAUGGUAAACAUACCACUAAUUGGCAUGAAUGAUUUUGGGAUGCUGGAACCAACUGAUAUUGGUAACAUGACUGUGGAUUAUGAUCUUAAAGAAGACAGUAAGAAAAAGCAACGUUGGGAUCAAGAUGAGACAUUGUACAUGCUCCAGUUGAUCAAAGAGAAUAAUUUAGUUAACAGGUACUCAAUGACUAGAAUGUCCAAUAUUCUAAGUGAAUUAAUGCUCAAGAAAGGCUAUCAUCGAACUGAUAGACAAAUAACCCAAAAACUCAUGACAUUAAGAAAAAAUUAUUUGAAUUAUCAGCAGCAGAAGAUAUCUAAUCCAUAUGGCCACACCAAGGAGUGCCCUUUUUACAAAGAACUUCAUGAUAUUUACAGCAAGAUUAAUAAUACUGCCAAUGAUGUUGAGGAUGACAUUUAUGAAACAGAUAGCUCUGAUGAUUACUUAAUAAAGUUCCCUAAUGAUAAUAUAGGCUGGCAGAAGAAUGAAGUCCAAAAGAUGCUCAAUGCUAUUAAAGCUAUGAAACUGAAAACUGAAUUAACUCUUACUUUUUUCUCUCCUAUGGCCAUCAAAAUGAUCGCUGAGUCCAUGCAGAGUUCUGGCCAUAAGAGAAAUGCUGAACAAGUUAAAAAUGCACUGAUUAAUUUAAGGACGAUGUACGUAAAUUAUAAAGUUGCGUGUGAUAGGAAUGAGAAUCCUCGAGACUGCAUGUUUCUUCCCAGUUUGGAAUUAUUUUGGAACAAGGAAUAUAGGAAGUGCCGAUUAAAACGGUCUUCCCAAAAGACUGAUAAUAUUUGGUCUGUAGAAGAGACCAUUGUCCUUUUGACUUUGAUAAAGGAUCUUAACAUUGCUGAAGAAGCUUACAAGAAUACCAUUAAAGCUGCUGACAAAUUGAGAAAUAGUUUGGUAGAAAAUGGGUACUCCAGGACUACUCAGCAAAUUAUGGAAAAAUUAAAAGAACUGAAAACCAAUUUUCUCAAUGUGCAUAGACAUUAUGCAGAUGGAGAUGCUAUUGAACAAUUUCAUUUUUAUACCGUUUAUAAAAAACUUUUUGAGCACCAAUUUGCUGAAGAUUUGGAUCCAAUUCUAAAUUCUCAAACAAAUACUCAAGAUUAUCUUAGCUUUGGUGAUAGUAUAAAUGAUUCAACUCUAGAAGAAAGCAAAGCUGUUUAUUGGACUAAAGUUGAAGUGAAACUUCUUUUGAGGACUGUUAGAGAAAUGACAUCCAAGUCCAAGUUGAACAAUAGUCUAGAAUAUGAAAAACUGCAAAGAUUAAGAAGCGUCCUAAAGGAAUCUGGGUAUAGAAAGACUAUUGAACAGAUCAAACAUAAGUUGGCUUUGCUAAAAAAUUCAUACAUGAAGUGCAAUUUAGAUGAUAGUUCGGAGAAAGAUAUUUUUGAGUGUCCAUUUUAUAAUGAAUUGCAUGAUAUUUUCCACACUUCUGUAUCCGACGAAAGGUACGAGUUUAUACAAAAUUUACUAACAGAGAAUCUCGAUUUGUAUGAAUCAAAAUUCUCCGACCAUAGUUAUACCAAUACCAAGUUCGCAAACUCUUCUGGCGAAAGCCAAUUAAAUGACAAAGUUACUGUCAUUCCAAAUAACAAAUGCCUUGACAAUUGGUUUCCUGUUGAAAGUAUUAUUGAUGAUAAUGAUUGUGGCAUCAGUGCAUCGUCAACUUUGAACUUCAGCCUGAGUGGAGUUUCUAACAAGGAACAAGAACAAGUAAUUGAAGAUACAUUUCUCGCGACCCUUCCUAACAGUAGCGAUACGAAAAUUGAAAUAAAUCCUGUGAUACCAGAUACUAUUUUUUCGGAAUCGAAGAAUACGUCGUUAGAGGAUAAGAUACCGCCAAUCAUUGAUGACAUUGCCUUAGAUCAAGAAGUGACAGCUGUCAACAAGGAGCCAGAUUAUUCAAAGCUUUACAGGUACCACCACUCUAUUGAACCUGAAGAUGCUGAUAGUCGGUCGUCUUCUGUUGCGACAACCAAGCGUGCUUCAUCGCUAGAUGAAGAAGUGCAACCAUUGCUUAAAAAGCCGAGGAUUGUUGAAGAUGAAAGAAUCCCGGGUAAAAAUAAGUUUCUUUUGAAACCUGUCGAUUCCAUGGAUCCAUCGUCCCGAAAUGUUAUUAACACAAAGUUUGUACGGCUGAUUGUCGCUAAUGAGCCAAACAAGAAUCAAGUUAAUCAUAUUACUGCUCAUAUAGAACCACUCAACGUUAAUACCGCCAACUCUGUAAGUUCUGGUAUGAGCUCACCACCAAUCGACCGAACUGAUAUCUUGAAGAUGAUAACCGAGAAAGUUUUGUCGAAAGAUGAUUAUGAUAUGCAUCAAUUUGAUAGUGAGACUGGCGUUUCAAAGAAACUAAGUAGGAAUAUAGAGUUGAAAAUUUCUGAUACUAUCAAGGAUGCUGUACAAACAAUGAUGAAAAACGAUGAAUUCCUGCAAGAGAAACAUCACAUGUGGAUGGAGAAACAAUUUGAAAUUCAGCGUAAACACGAUGAGGCUCGGAAUAAUGUCAUUGUAAACGAAUUGAAACAACUACGAAAUCUCAUGACAGUGUUGAUCGAAAAGAAGGGAUUCGAUAUGAAAUAGGCAGAGUCAAUAGACUUAUUUUUUUAUAUCGAGUUGAAAUUAUAAUGCAUUAACCAACUACUAAGCUUUAAAAUUAUCUAUGUAUAAAAAAUCCAACUUGUAAAUAUGACGUUUAAGUGAUAUUUAAAAUGAAUUCGAAAUCAAGAAAGUGUUUAUAGAACACGCCAAUUAUAUUUAUACGAUUUUUAAUACGUAGAAGUUCAUGCUAUUUUCUGAAGAAAAAAUAUAAAUGUUAAAUUUGUACAUCAUUAUUGCGUAUAAUAAAAUCUAGUUUUCCAAUGCGGUUUGAUAAACACGAAUUAAAAUAUUGUUUUUGUUUAUUUUGUACAAGUUACUGUCUUCGAGAGUUCCAAGAUUAUUUAAAAACGAUUGCUCACACUAUCUUAUUACAUCAAAUAUAUUUCAAGCACAAAUAUAUUUAUAUUAUUAUAUAUAACAAAAUUUAUUAUUAUGUAACUGCCAAGAAAA